AUGAGUACAAAGAAAACUGAGCUCAAGGUCACCAUAAACUGUGAGAAAUGCAAGACUGAAGUUCUCAAAGCUGUAGCCAAACUUACAGGUGUUGAUUCUGUAGCAGUGACUGCUGAUGAGGGCACAGUAACUGUUGUAGGGACUGUUGAUCCUGUGUGUGUCAUUACAGCUAUCAGAAAGACUGGAAAAUUUUCAGAAAUUACAAGCGUUGGGCCUCCAAAGAAACCUGAUCCUGAACCAGAUCUCCCUGAACCUUGUCCUUCACUCCCUGCAUGUUGUGUUGAUUCUGUAGCAGUGACUGCUGAUAAGGGCACAGUAACUGUUGUAGGGACUGUUGAUCCUGUGUGUGUCAUUACAGCUAUCAGAAAGACUGGAAAAUUUUCAGAAAUUACAAGCGUUGGGCCUCCAAAGAAACCUGAUCCUCCAAAACCAGAUCCCCCUAAACCUUGUCCUCCACUCCCUGCAUGUUGUAAGCAAUGCCAACUUGUUGGUGUUAGCUAUGUUACCUAUGAUAGUGCACCUUGUUCAAUUCUAUAA